AUGUUUUUCUCCCUGUCUACAGUGACUGUUCUCGUGCCACUGAUAUCCUUGUCUGGACUGUUUUACGCAGCAACCGUGGAUGAAAAUUUCCCUCAAGGCUGCACGAGCGCGAGCAGCGUGUGUUUCUACAGCCUGCUGCUGCCAGUAACGAUUCCGGUUUAUGUUUUCUUUCACCUCUGGAAGUGGAUGGGAAUCAAGCUGUUUAGACACAAUUAAAACUGUAAAAACGUGAGAUUAUUUUAAUUGUAGUAUUUUUCUUCAAAGCUCGCUGAACCAACAGUUGAACGUUCAUGUUUAAGAACACUGAAUUAACGUUGAAGCAAACAAUGUAAAACACAGAAUAAAGCUUCAGGUAACAAAGCAA